AUGAAUCGGCGAGGAUCUACCCAGGUGGAGCGUAGUCGCGAUGUGUUUGCCGUCGGCAGUAUCAUCAUUAAGUCGAGCCAUCUCCAUAAGCAAAAGAGUGCAGAGUAUACGGAGACAGGCUACACGUAUGCCGAUGCAAAUGAAGUAGAAGCUAUUGCUAUUGCGAAGAAUGUCCUAAAAUAUAUCAAAGUGCCCGACAUUUACUUUAACGGCGAGGUACUUUUUCUCGUCUCAUUGCUUAGUAUUUUGCUUAUCGCUUACAUCCCAUUAGAUCAAUGGCCGUCAGGUAUCUGUCCAGGAAAGGCUUCCAGGUGUGGCCUUGACCGUUGCAUGGCCGUAUCUUUCGCAAAGCCAAAAGAAGUCUUUCAAACAGCAAGCACAAGCGGUACUUCGACAGCUACAAUCCAUCAAGCCACCGAUAGAGGCCAGCUCCGCUCCCACGUGGUGCCUGAUCCCGGCAUUCUCAGUAGUGGCCAUAUCCAACCCCUAGAAGCUGAUAUUCUCUUCUCGGGCAUCAAUACCGACCCAGAUAUGAGCUUCAUGCAUAACGACUUUACCAAGUCCAACUGCAUAGUUGACAAUGACCAGAUCGUGGGGCUCAUUGACUGGGAAAUGGCUAGCUUUUUUUGGCUGGAACACAGCUAG